AUGCUGCGUGCAGAGACGAGCUUUGUGUGCGCUUGUAGGCACGGUCACCGAACUGAGCCCAUAUUCAACAUCAGCACACUCGGGACGGGUGAGGCACCAACAUCAGCCCCGGCAGCGCCCCGACCUCUGACUUUUUUCGCGUUCAGCUCCCGUGCUACGCGGUGGGGGCCACGUCACGGCGCGAUCGGGUCUUCUGGGGCUGUCCCGCCUGCCGCUGAUGUCCUGGCUUGUCCUGCUCCUACUUCUCGGGUGGCUGUUUCGGCUGCGCCCCGACGAACCAUGACUCGUUGGGGCCCCCGACUCGUAGUGACGCUACCCAUCACUGGGCGACGUACUCGCACUCGACGGCCAUCCUCCAGCGUACCUGAUUCUCCUUUGCCUACUGACCACCCAGCGGUUCCAGAGCACUGGCUACUACGUUUUGACGGGGCUUGUCGUCGGAACCCUGGUGCUGGUGGCGCUGGUGCGGUGGUAACAGACGCGCCUGUUACUGUGGUUUGGACGUGCUCCCACUUCCUGCCUGCCCGCGGUGAAACCAACAACACCGCGGAGUACUCUGCUCUAUUGAUAGGGCUGCAGGGGGCACUGUUCCACGGUGCCAAGAGGCUAAAGAUUGAAGGAGACAGCAACUUGGUGCUCGCCCAGGUGCGGGGCUCAUUUACUUGCUCCAACCGGCGGCUCCGGCGGUUGCGAGGUCGGGUUCGCUGCGAGUUGGGCCGCCUGGAUUGGUACCAGCUCAGUCACAUCGACCGGCAAGCUAACGCUCACGCUGACAGACUAGCUAACCGUGCCCUUGACCUCCGCCGUACCGCGUUGGAGUGUGGGCCCCACUCUGAUGACCUCUCCGCUUGUUUCACGCCUGUUUCCUCUCCGCCUUCCAGCCCAUCCCCGGCUGGGCCAGUCACAGAUGGUCCUACCGAUGCGGAUACUGAUGGCUCUGUGGAUGACGAGGCCAUGGACGUAGAAGCCGAGAUCGCUGCUCGCGAUGGGGGUGAAGUUUUCCCGACUAUUCUCAUUGGUCCGGGUUCUACUCCAGCGCGACAACCUCGGCUCCGUCUCCGUCACUUGAGCGAGGAGGAGCAGGAUAUUGCUGCUGCUGCGGUACAGCACUUUGCGGAUGUCAUGGCGAGCAAGAUUACGGAUGCGGACAGUUGGAUAUCUGGUGAGGGAUACAUCUUGGCCAUCCCAGACCGGCUUCGCGAAGUGCUGCUGCCAUUCUCGGUGUCACCAAUGGGUACUUCAAUCUCGAGAGACAACUGUCCUCGCCAACGCCCACCUCGCGUGACGCGUACGCAGCGCGAACAUCGGUUGGAUGAGGCCCUUGAUGACAUGCAAGCGACGCAACAGGCGGUACCGAGUGACCGUCGCGCGGUCCGGAAGUCUCGCCGCCGCGUGGGUAGAAUACGAGCGUCUAUGGCUCAACUCGAGUUGCGUCGCCGCUUUGCGCAAGACGAAGCCAAGUGUGUUUCCUCUAUCCUCGAUGGUGCCUCUGCCGAAUCUGCGGGUGUCGAGCACCCCGAUACAUGUCCUAUUGGACGGGAGGAGCUUCACCAGCACUUCGUCGGCACGAGUUCCACUCCUACCGCUUUUGAUUACGAUGCUGACUGCGGACAGGAAUUCCGGGAUGUUCUCAAUGGGUUCCCACGGACGCUUCUGGGUGAUGAUUGCUUUUCCGAGGCUUUUUCGAUGGACGAAGUGGAGGACCAGCUGUUGAGGGUAACUAAAACGUCCAGCCCCGGGCACGAUGGGGUUGGCUAUGAUGUUUACAACCAGUUUGCCCCGCAGUUGGUACCCCUUCUGCAUGCCGCUUACCGAUUCUGCUGGCUACAUCGGAUGGUACCUCGACUCUGGAAGGUGGGCAUGGUCUGCUUGGUUCACAAGAAAGGCGACCCGCUGCAACCUACGAACUGGAGGCCAAUUUGCUUACAGCCCGCUAUAUACAAACUCUAA